AUGGCCAUUCCUAUUUUAGAGCUGUUGAUCAGAGAGAGAGAGGGAAACCAUUUAGCUGUACCUACCGCCUACUUGGAUAAGAAUAAUCUACUUGUUACCUCGACUCAGCGUCCUCACAUUUUAAGCAUACUGUUUGGUACCAUUCCUGCCUCAUCGACAACAACAGCCCUAACUACCACAACAAAAAAACCAGCCACACCUUCCACAACACAAAAAACAAUCGUAACUCCCACAACACAAAAACCAGUUACAGGUCCAGGAGAUACUGAAAUAUUAACCACAACAACAACGCCUUCAACGACAACCACAAUAAUAAAACAACCGACAACUACUAUAGCAACAGAAAAGCCAACAACCAUUACAACGUCCGAAAAAACAACAAUAUCGGAAAGGCCAACAACAGUCUCAACACAGUCAUCAACAAAACAACCUUCAACGUCUUUAUCGACAAAAGUCCCAAAUAUUAUACCAUCACCACGUCCGCCAGGGGAAACUGCUGCUAAUCACAAACCAGUACGUCAAUUAGGCCUAGCUGGAAAUCAAGCAUGUGGACUUGGUGGACGCGGUGCAAGGAUUGUUGGUGGAUUCGAAGCUAAUCCUGGGCAGUGGCCUUGGAUGUCAGCUAUCUUCCUAAGGAAACGCCGUGGAACAGAAUACUGGUGUGGUGGCGCUUUAAUCAACGACCAGUUCAUACUGACCGCCGCUCAUUGUUUGUCACAUCCUAGUGGUUACAGAUAUCAUUCGUCACAACUAACAGUUCGUCUUGGAGACCAUCAUUUAUUCAAAACAGACGACUUUGCUCAACCCAGGGAGUAUUUUGUGGAUAAAACAAUACAGCAUCCACAGUUUCGACGUAAUGGCUUUUUCAAUGACAUAGGCCUGGUUAAGCUGAGAGAAAGGGUGGUAUAUACGACCUUUAUCAGACCUGUCUGUCUUCCAGUAGAAGAUAACCUUAGAUCAAAUCCGCUGGUCGGCCAUAUUGGUACUGUGCUCGGAUGGGGAACUACCUCUUACGGGGGUAAAAGCACUGAUGCCCUUCAACAGACUUCCAUGCCUAUAUGGGCCAACGAGGACUGCAAUCGUCGAUAUUUUCAGCCAAUCACAGAAGGAUUUAUGUGCGCGGGCUUCAUUGAAGGAGGUAAAGAUGCGUGCCAGGGAGACUCUGGCGGCCCUCUGUUAGUAAGGAAUGCAGACAGCAGAUGGACAGUGGUGGGACUGGUGUCCUUUGGUAGCAAGUGUGCGGAACCAGGUUUUCCUGGCGUUUACACUAGAGUUGCAAAGUACGUGGAUUGGAUUACAGAAAACACAAUUGAUUAA